AUGAAGUUCGCGGCUGUCACUUUCUUUGCCGGCCUUGCCUCUGCCCAGCAAGUUAUCACCCUCUCCAAUGCUCUUUACAGCGUGGUCAACGACCAAGCAUCGUACCAGAUCACUGUCGGCGACUGGUUCCCCUGCUCCGACUUGUUCUGGGCUCUCCAGAUCAAUGACGAGCAGGGCACUUCUAUCAGUAUCUACCGCACCGUGAACGAUAAAUCGUAUUACGCCGAUAAUGAGAUUCCGUUCACUGGCGCCAUUCCUGUUUACCAAAUCCAGGAUGGCAACGUUACUGUUACUCUCGAGCCACUCGAAUAA